AUGACAGAAGCAGGAGGACCUUCAGCUUUCACAGAUGUAGAAUCAAAUUGGACAGGUGAGGAAGAAGAACAAACAAGCAGCGAGAGUGACGAGGAUUUGGAUGAAGACCCAGAUUUUGUAGACCUUGCCUAUGCACAAAGUGAGGACGAUGUCAGAUUGUUGAGGGAUGAUGAUAAUCUGUUUCAGGGAUAUGUAGACCAUGAUGCAAUUGACAUAGACCCUAAUGCAGGUGAAGAGGAUGAGGAGUUAGAUAAUAACCCUGCUUCACCUAGGAUGUGUACACCAGAGCACUCUUCUUCUGAGUCUGAGGUUGUGACUGGAAACUGCUUGAGAAAGAGGAAGCUCCCUAACUUUAAAGACUUCAUCCCAUCCGUCGAUAUGAAAAAUCCUCGAUUUGAGCUCGGUUUAAGAUUUCCUAGUCGUGAAAUCUUUAGGGCAGCUGUGAGGAGGCAUUCUGUCCUAAUUGGUAGAGAGCUUAAGUUUAAGGUGAAUGAUGGCACUAGGAUUCGAGUAAUUUGUGAUGAGAAGUGUCCAUUUCACCUAUAUGCAUCAUCUGUGCAUGGAAGCAAGCAUGUUCAAGUGAAAACCUAUGUUGGGAAACAUACUUGUGGGCAAGGGAAUGCGAAUAUUCAUGCCAAUGCAAAGUAUUUUUCAAACUGGUAUGAAAGCAAUUUAACAAAUCCUAACUGGGAUGUGGGAUCUUUUCAAGAGAAAGUGAACCAAGAAACUGGUUAUUAUCCUUCUAGGGCACAAGCUUAUAGGGCAAGAAGCUUAGCAACCAGCAAUAUUGAGGGGAGUUAUACCGAACAAUAUGAACUUUUAUGGGAUUAUUGUGAGGAGUUGAAAAGGACAAAUCCUGGUAGUUCAGUGGUGGUAAAGUCUGAGUUAGAGGGUGAUAUGCCAAGAUUUCAGAGGGUUUACAUUUGCUUGCAAGCUUGUAAGCAAGGGUUCUUGGAUGGUUGUAGGCCUUAUAUAGGGUUGGAUGGUUGCCACAUCAAAGGCCCUCACCCUGGCCAAUUGUUAUGUGCUGUAGGAGUUGAUGCAAAUAAUGGGAUGUUCCCAUUGGCAUAUGCUGUAGCUGAAGUUGAGAGUUACAAUACUUGGAAGUGGUUUUUGGAGCUAUUAAGUCAUGAUUUGAAGAUAGAGAACAGCCAUGGCUAUUUGUUUAUGACUGACAAACAAAAGGGAUUAAUUGAUGCUGUGGAUAAUUUAUUCCCAAAUGCUGAGCAUAGGUGUUGUUUGAAGCAUUUAUAUGCAAAUUUCUCGAAGGAACAUAAAGGAUUGGCCCUACACCUACAAAUGGAAUCAAUAGCAAGGGCCACUACACUGCCAUGGUUUGUUGAGGAAAUGAAGAAGAUGUUAGAGUUAGAUACAGCUGCACAUGCUUGGUUAUGUGAGAGGGAUGCAAGUCAAUGGGCUAGAUCCCAUUUUAGAACUGACUUUAAGUGUGACAUUUUGAUGAAUAACUUAAGUGAGGCUUUUAACUCAUCUAUAAUGCCUGCAAGGAACAAGCCUGUGUUGAUUGCAUUGGAGAGGAUUAGAAUGUAUUUAAUGAUCUUAAUGGCUUCAAGGAGAGUAGCCGUGGAUAACUGGCAUGGUCAAGUUGGGCCUAGAAUACAAGGGGUAUUUGAGGUAAAUAAGGCAGCUGGGCAGUGGUGCAUUCCGAGGCAUGCAGGACAAAAUAAAUUCCAAGUGAUGCAUCACAGUGGGAGACAGUUUGUGGUAGAUUUGAAUGCCCAUACAUGCUCUUGCAGAGCAUGGGAUCUCAGUGGUCUUCCUUGCCUCCAUGCUUGUGCUGCAGUGAGUAGAUUCCAUGGGAAUCCAGAAGAUUAUGUGCAUGACUUCUACAAGAAGGAUGCUUAUCUAAGAACUUAUAGGGACAUGAUUCACCCCUUGCCUAGCCAAGACUUGUGGCCUAAAAGUGGUUUACCUUCUUUGAAGCCUCCUUUUUACCAUAAACAACCUGGUAGGCCAAAGAAGAGUAGGAAGAAGGCAUCUGAUGAGCCUAAAAAGAAAUCAAAUCCCAACAAACUCCAAAGAUACCACACUGUCAUCAAGUGUAGCAAUUGUGGGCAAGAGGGUCAUAACAGAACUAAAUGUAAGGAGCCAAUGAAGAACCAGCCAAGGCGUAAGCAAUCUGUGAGGAGAGCUAAUACACUAGGACAAUCAGGCCAACCUCAUUCACAGCCAAGACAUAAGCUUCCUGUGAGGAGAGCUCGUUCAAAUUCUCACUCAAUGGAACCUAAUGCACAGCCAAGCCAAUCAACUCAUCUUUCACAACCAAGCCAAUCAACUCAUCUUUCACAGCCAAGCCAAUCAUCCCGAGCUCAAUCACAAUCAUUGCAAGCCCACAUAAUUUCUGAUAAAGAGGGAGGUCCUUCAAAGAAGAGGUUGACAUCUACUACAAACAACAACGAGUGGCUAAAGAAAGUUAGGGCCAAUAUGCAACCUUGGCAGUGGUGA